AUGGCUGUCAUGAAGAAAUACCGCGAGAAGAUCAUUGCUCAGCGUGAACGCUUACUACAGGAACUGCCUAAGAUCCCAGGAGUGGGUCGCUUCCUGGGCGGACAAGAGUCGAACUUCCUCUUGGUUGAACUCCUGGAUAAGCCUGCCAGUGAAGGCGGAAAGCCCAGCAACAAGAUUGCCUUGGCUGCGUACGAAGCUAUGGCGGAAAAACGCGGCGUGGUGGUACGUUUCCGCGGGAAGGAGCUCGGAUGCGAAGGCUGCCUGCGGGUUACAGUAGGAACAGAGGAAGAAGUCACUAGGUUCCUGCAGCAAUUGCGGGUAGUCCUGGACAGUCUUCUCAGGGGCUCGGAUGUCCAGUCGUUGAGAGGAUAA